GUCCGCCGGAUGGCCGCGCCGCGGGGGCGUGGGCCGCAGUCCUACUCAAGGCGGGCGCGGCUAAUUUUGGGGGACCGCGGGCUGGGGAAGGGUCAGCUCUGAGCUGUGCCGACUCCAGGCGGGACCUCGCCUUCUUGCCUUCUCUCUGCCCGCCUCCGCGCUCCAGCCGCGGGGACAUUCGCGCGUGGCCCAACCCCGCCCACCUGUCAGAACGCGGAGAAAGGCAGUGCGCGUCUGGGGCUGAGUUCCUAGUUCGGAGUGCGAGGCAGUCCACCAUGACCCCCAAACCUGACGUGUUGAGUCAAGAUGAAUUGCGGAAAAAACUGUACCAGACGUUUAAGGAUCGGGGUAUACUGGACACACUCGAGACCCAACUCCGAAAGCAGUUGAUUCAAGAACUGAUGCACCCUGUGUUGACUGAAGACCUGCAGCCCCCAUCCAUUUCAGUGGAAGGGAGUACCCUCUUAGUCAGAGCUUGUAACUCGCUUGUGGCAGAUCACUUACGAAGAUGUGGCUAUGAGUAUUCACUUUCUGUUUUCUUUCCAGAAAGUGGUUUGGCAAAACAAAAGGUAUUGACUAUGCAGGAUCUGUUACAACUCAUUAAAAUCAGUUCUGAAUCCAGUCUCUACAAAUCACUGAUUUCAGGAUUUGAUAAAGAAAACCAAAAAGGUUUUCUCAUGAAGUUUCUGAAAGAAUUGACAGACUAUCAUCAGCCUAAAGAGAGCUGCAAUAUGGAAACUCAGACAAGCUCAGCAUUUCCCAUCAAAGACUCUCUUGCGGAGAAGCUUCAGCUGAUUGAUGAUCAGUUUGCAGGUGCUCACCCCCAGCAUCCAAAGUUAGAAUCUUUAGAAAUCAGGUUAAACGAAUAUAAGAGAGAAGUAGAACGUCAGCUCCAGGCAGACAUGUGUCAAAAGUGGAAGCACUUUAAAGAUACUGAAAUAGCAGAAAUUAAAAUGGAAGAGAAAAGAAGGUGUGAAAAGGAAUUAGCUGAGGUCCGGAACGAAUUCGAGAGAGCUUGUCAAGCAAAGUCUGAAGCCCUCAUUUCUCGGGAAAAGAUGACCUUUGAGAGAAUUCAAAAGCACCAGGAGAAAGAAGCCAGACAAAUUUAUGCUCAAAGGCAGCUUCUACUAAAAGAUAUAGAUUUGCUCAGAGACAGAGAAGCAGAGCUGAAGCAGAGAGUCGAAGCUUUUGAAUUGGCCCAGAGGCUACAAGAGGAAAAGAAUAAAAGCAUGGCUGAUGGGCUUAGGCGGCGGGAGCUGAGUAUAAAGAGUAUUGAGGAGACCUAUGACCAAAAGCUCAAGAACGAACUUCUCAAGUAUCAACUGGAACUGAAGGAGGACUACAUCUCCAGAACUAAUAGACUGAUUGAAGAGGAAAGGAGGAAUAAAGGUGAUCCUUGGCGGGAGCCAAAGGCUGUAUUUUUCAGUUCUGAUGCAGAAAAAGCUAUACACCUGCAAAAGGAGCUUGUAGUGCUCAGUUUUAAAAAGGAAGAGCUCGAUCAUUCUGUGAAGCGUGUGAAAGAACUUGAGCUCGAGUUAGAGUCUUCCAAAGCCCAGUGUGCAGCCUUAACAAAGCAAAACCACGUGCUGACUGAGAAGGUUCAAGAGAUGAGCGAUUAUCCGCUCCUAAAAGAAGGGAAACUGAAGCUUCAGGCCCAAAAUAAAUUACUCAAAAAGCAACUGGAGGAGACUAAAAAUGAAAACUUGCGCCUCCUAAACCGCAUAGCUCAGCCAGCUCCCGAGCUGGUGGUUUUUCAGAAAGAAUUAAAGAAAGCAGAAAAUGCUAUUGCACUUGAGCACAAGGAGUUUGAAACCCACAAGCAAGCGCUGCAGAAACAGCUGCAAAGCGAAAUUGAGCAUUCUGCACAACUCAAGGCCCAGAUACUAGAUUACGAUGCUUCUGUCAAGAGGUUAACUUUGCAGGUUACAGAUUUAAAAUUGCAACUGAAACAAACGCAGACAGCCCUGGAGAACGAACUGUACCGCAACCCGAAGCCGGCUGUGUUCAGUCGCUCCAUCAGCGGAUCACUUGGCGGCAGGACGGUUCCCCACGGUGCUGACAUCGGCGAGGACUUCUUAAAAAAUCCUCUCAGACAGGAGGAGCUGAUGGCAGGCUCCGGUAGCCCAAGGAUCCCAAGUUACCCAAACGCCAGCACAGAGGGCAGUUCCCCCGAUUCUGACCUUGAGUUUGUAGCCAAUACCAAGGCCAUGGUGAGAGAGCUGGAGCAAGAGGCCGAGCGCUUGGAAAAAGCUUUCCAGAGUUACCAUCGGAGAGUCAGGCAGUACCCCACCAAGAGCCUGGCAGCAGACAGGAGCCCACCCGCCCUGCGCUCGCUGGAAAGCCUCAAGGGUGUCACUUCGGGGGCCCCUGAGAGGGGGAUGUUUGCAGAGGACAGAGUUGCCCCCCAGCAGCCUCUAGUGAGCGCCCGGAGAGAAGAAGAGAGCGAGGCCUCCGAGGUGGCCGGCAGCAUGGCCUCACGGCCGCACCGGGGCAUGGCCUCCAGACGCCUCUCCUCCACCCCACUCCCCAAAGCAAGGAGAAGCCUUGAUGGUGAAAUGUGCCUGGAAGGUCUGGGCCGGUCCCACGCUGCUGUCCCUGGUCCUGACCAGACACCGCAGCCUUCACCUGCCCCGUCUCUGCACAGCCUUUACAGACACUCGCUCUCCAGCCCCCCAGAGCAGAAGGCCAGUCUUUUUGAAAACCAAACGGAACUUAAAGACAAAAGUGAAUUUUCCAAUCUGGACAAGCUAGCUUUUAAGGAUAAUGAAGAAUUUGAAUCAUCUUUUGAAUGGGUAGAUCAGAAACAAAUUGGAGAACUGAAGGAAGAAGAAAAACUUUGGGAACAGCAAGCGAAAGAACGAAGGCAGGAAGAAGAGAGGACGCAGAGCGAGCGACAGGAGGCUUUGGAAAGGGAGCGGCGGGAGCUGGAGAGACUGGAUCAGGAAAGGAGGAUAAUUGAAGAAUCAUUGAAGAUGGAAAUGGAAAAAGAAAUCGAAAUGAGUAUUCAAGAAAUGAAAGAGAAAUCUAAGUCUGGUGGUGGUGGAAGUCCUUUAGAGAAGUACAUGAAAAUCCUCCAGCAGGAUCAAGGCCAGGACGCGGCAGAUAAGAGUUCAAAAAAGCUGGUCAGAGAGGACUCCCAAGUGGACACGCUGCCAUCUAGUGACAAAGAUGAAAGUUUCACAGGUUUCUCUCAGGAGGAACCAGAUGACUUCUGGUAAUCACGUUUGCUGCCCAGCUUCGUAGACAGAUAAAGUAACUAAAGACCUGUGAGUUCUCUGUAAUAAGACAAAAUUGUCAAUAAAAAUUCACUUGCAAUCCA